CAAGUUUAUCCUCCCACGAGAUAACCCUACAUUCGUAGACUACGGUGAGUACGAGAUGUCAAAGGGUUUACGUGACUGGAGGGCAGACUGCAAGAAGAAGUGGAUACAAAACAUUGAGGAGCUUGGACAGGAGAGGGCCGACAUGUCACCUCCUGAGGGAGUAACUCAAGAGGUGUGGAGUGACUGCAUCGCUUAUUGGAGCACAGACAAACAAAAGGCGAGAGCAGCGAAAAAUAAAGAAAGUCGGGGUAAGAUGAAAUUUUUAGGAGGCUGGGGCUCCAAGCCCAUUGUUUCACAUGUUGUCGAAGGGGCUAACCCCGACACAGGAGAACUGCCAACUGCGGUGGAAACUUUUCAAAAGUUUCACCAUAAAGGCAACGAUUGGCGCAACGAGUUCGCGCAACAAGCUUACGAGCAAAUGGUUGAAAUAGCGGCAACUCAACCAGCGCCCACUGCAGAUGAGCCCGAAGAGCCUGCUGUCGAUCCUACACGCACCCCCGAGACUUGCCUGUUAUGA